AUGGGAAGACGAAAGCUGCCUUCGAUACCAACACAGCGUGCAGAGAAGGUCAGCGAAACGCCUCCCGCUCCAGUCUACCUCACGUCAAGCGCCCCAACUGUAUCUCCAUCUCCCGACCGACAAUAUCAUGCUCAGGAUUCUCGUGCCUACUCACAACCCACUCCUCGUACUGCCUCUCUAAGCAACCUGUCAUUGCCAUCCUCUUCAUCAACCGCCUACUGUCGCACGGUAGAUCCUGCCAUUCUUCCCGGAGCAACAAUCGUUCAUGCAAAACCCAAAUUACUCCUUCGACAGACCACUUCUGCUGCAUUGGGUGAUCGCUCGACUGUACUGGGACAAGCGUCCGGUACCAAAAUGCCCAGUCCACUUGCUAGAGUAUUACUGAAGAAGGAACUGAAGGAGGUCUUGGAAAGAAGACGAGAAUCCUUGGAAGCCUGUGAAAUAGAGGCUAAUCAAAGGCAGUACAUUGUACAUCGAAUGCUUAUUACUGGUCUUCUGCCUGAAUAUCGCUCUGUUGACAUUGAUAAUAUCCCUAAUGUGAUACCUUGCCUAUUGCCUGUUGAACUUAUAAGUGGUGCUCGUGUGGUGCCAAGUGAAGUACCAAGUGCGACAACCUCAGUGACGACCACUCCCGUUCCUGAACGUUCUUUUGUUCCACCCUCUUCAUCCUCAGUCCAAAGUGGUACCCAGGAAGUGGGUAUCUGCACCGACGAUUUUGGUUUAGAACCGAAAUUGAAGUCAGUUGGAGUUCAGUCGGAAAAUUCUUUUGCGACUACAACUGCUUACUCUACCAUAUCUAGCUCAGUUUGUCACGCUGCUACCAGUUCACUCAGAAGACAAAUGAAACAUGAUCGACUCGAUGCAUUCACUACCAAUACCGAUGCAAUAACGGUGCUUCAACCGCGAUUCCGGUCCACAGAAACGCAAACAAAUGGCACUACGACCUAUGAAAUUCAUAGUAACCGGUCAUCUAGUCGCCGUCACCGUAAUUCAGCUAAUAACUUGUUUUCUGCUUCGGAACCAAAUUUGUUGGAAUCUACGGCGAAGUAUUUCGCAGAAUAUGAUAGGCAACUUCGGGAACAUGGACGACGGUUGAAAAAUCGAUUUGCUUUCAGUGAUGAUGAUCCAAUAAACAGAGAAACCAGAAAGCAGAGAGUUAUGGAUGAACUUGCGCAAAGAAAAGAAAAGAUUUCAUCUAUGAUUGACUUAUAUUCACCAUCUAGUUUUCCAGUUAUUCAUCUCACUUCUGACUAUUCAUCCACUGUUCCGCAUUAUGGAUCUUUACCAAGGAUUGAUUUCCCUACAACACGUUCUCCUCGAUCAAAUCGACACGACUAUAUAAAUCGAAAUCGUAAUCGGCCUUCAUUUGGAUAUGGAUCACUUCCACGGAAUUAUGAGCGCUAUACUGACAAAAGUUAUGCUGAUGCUCAGAGUGAUUAUUUCCAAUCACUUCCAAUCCCAACAGGGCGUUAUAAUGCUCUUUCAAGGUCCUGGCAUAAUGUCAAUCCCAUUAGUGUGGAUGAUCCCAUUCUGGAUUCAAGAACGAAGCUUUAUGCCACUCGGUCUACGAAUUUAGAUCCAUGGUUACCAUAUCAACAACGUCUUACAGAAUCAAAUGUAACUUUUGGACGUCCACUGAUGAAAGCUGCAUAUGAUGAUUUGUAUAGACCGCAGUAUGUACCUGGUGCACGAGCACAAGAUUUUGACGGUUCUCAAAGUCUGCCUAAUACUGAUAUUAUCUCGCAGUACGCAAAUUAUCUGAGUAAUCAAUUUAUCACUGACCAAGAGAAGCUCAUGAGUGGUUAUCCGGCGGAAGAGCGAAUGUAUCUCAGUCAAACCAAAAAACGUCCUUACUAUGCUCCCAGAUAUAAUUCUCCUACUACCAGUGGUCAGGCACUACCCACGGUAAACUAUGAGGACUCGUUAGCUGCCAUGAAUUUUGAUUCAGCACGCUCAUAUCCAAAUCAACCAAUUCAACGCCCUAUUAUUCCUGAUCCUCACAUAAAUUUUCCUUCUUAUAUGCAAACUGAUCAUUACGAAACCUGGCCAUGGUGCCAACAACUCUCUAGCGUGAAUAAUAGCACACUUGACAAUAAUGCAAUAUCACCUUAUCAUUAUUCGAACUAUUUUUCUCCGACACCGAAUGUCCUCCUUGAAGCUUCACCUCUUCCUGGUCAGGUAUAUAGUAGAAACGACGCAAAUUAUGGCUCGAGACCGUCGCAUUAUGCCACUGAAUACGGCAAUUAUUAUCGGGACAGGGCAGCUCAUCAGGUACGAGACUCUUCAAACAAGAAUUAUGCUGUAAGAAGUCACUAUCCUUAUACUUAUUCUACCCAAUACCACGGAGCCGACCGUUAUCGUGGUAUUAGUGAGCAACCUUAUUUACCAAAUCAACAAUCCUUAUUUCUGGAUAGCUAUCCACCGACCUCCCAACAUCCUAUUCAUGCUAUCAGAGCUUGGUCCAAUGGAAAUAUUCCAAUGAACUGUUACGAUGCCAUUUAUCCAAAAGAAGAUGUUCUGAACCGCAUGUAUUCAACGCUGAACAAUCAACGUUCUAUACGUCCACAACAUUACGGUAAUGGUGCCACCUCAUUUAUGUAUUCAUAG